AUGUAUGUGAAAUGGUUUGAUACAGUAAUGUUAUACUAUGUGAUUUUAGUGUAUUGAGUGAAUGUCACUUUUUCACAUUUUUAAAUUUUCCCGCCGUUCCGUCCCCGUACGUCCCGACGUCGCAGGGAACGGAACCCGGAAGACAGAUGCCGGCAUUGGCCGGAGGACAUUGCAGGGGACACUGCAGGGGGGACAUCGCGGGAGUGGAAGACAAGGCAAGUGAAGAAAAGAUCCCGGAGCAACGCUGCAAGGUAUUCCCGAGUGUAGCUCGGGAUUACCGCUUGUGCUACACUCGGGAAUACUUUCAGGGAGGU